UUGUACUGUGUGGAUUCCACUUCCUCCGAGCCGAACAGAAAUUCUCGGACACACGGAGCACACGGAGCACACAGCGCACAACGCACAACACACAGCACACAAGGAGUGCGCCCCCAGGCAUUGCGCAUACGACGUGUGGGCCGAGUGGCACAAAUAAAUAGUUCACAUUUGUUUUGUUUGUUUGGCCCUGUGUUGGCGAUUGUUGUUGUUGUUGCUGCUGCCACCGGAUUUAUUUAUUUUUUUUUCACAGUGAUUCUUUUUGCCAGUGUGUGUGUGUGCGUGUUAUUGUUAGUAUCCAAUGUGCUCUUGCUGAUUUAAAACAGCCAAACGAACAGCCGCAAAUGGGAGCCUUGUGAUUCCCCCAUUUUUAUCAGCAGCUUCCUGAACUGCGAUUGUCAUUGCGAGUUCGUCGAUUGACAUGUAGCUGCGAAUUCUGGGCGUGUUUGUCGCUGGUCGGCUGGUUGGUGGUUGUCAGCGGCGUUCAAAGAGGGGGCAAGGAUCCGGAAUCGGUAUCGUAAUGCAAAGACGGCGAUAUGGCACUACAAGGCUGGCGCUUUUUCGGUGUCUCGGCAACCAUCAUCAUCUACAUCGGCGGCGUCCUGUUCCUGUCCAUGAACAACAUACCCGGAUCGCAUCCCAAAAGACCGCGCAUCGAACGCUUCGCCGAGUUUCCCAGCUUUCAUAGUCCUCGGUUUCCGAUGCCCAGCCGCAAGAUGACGAUACGCUGGUGUCGCGACCUCAAGUACAUAAAUCGAGAUCUUCCAAUCUACGCGGAUUACAAGUCCGACUUCUACACGGCCCUGCCCAGUGACGUCAGCGCCGCCCUGCAAUCCCUGCCAGCGUUGACCGCCCUGGCCAGUUUUCCCGGCAGCGGGAACACGUGGCUGAGGUACUUGCUCCAGCAGGCCACCGGCAUACUGACGGGCAGCAUCUACAAGGACUACGGCCUGCUGAAGACCGGCUUUCCGGCGGAGAACGUCUGCAACAGCUCAGUAUUAUUGGUGAAGACCCACGAGUGGGGCGGCAAGGCGUGGGCCCCCUUCUCGAAAGCCAUUCUCCUUGUCCGCGAUCCGGAGAAGGCCAUCAUCGCCGAGUUCAAUCGCCAGAGUGGCGGCCACAUCGGAUUCGCAUCCCCGGAUCGCUAUAAGCGCACCAAGGGAAAAUACUGGCAGCAAUUCGUGAGCAACAAGCUCAAGGGCUGGGAGAUGAUGAACCUCAGCUGGGCGCGCAACUUCACGGGCAGCAUCAAGGUGGUGUUCUACGACGACCUGGUCCACCACACGGAGCGGGAGCUGCGCUCCAUCCUGGAGUUCCUGCAGUUCCCCAUCAGCGAGCAGCUGAUGCGGUGCGCCAUCAUGCGCAAGGAGGGCAUCUUCCGGCGCAAGAAGCGUCUGCUAUCCUUUGAUCCCUACACGGAAUCCAUGAGGGCGGAGGUGCAGAAUCGACGCCGCAUUGUCUACGGAUUGCUGGGGCGUCAGGAGCCGUAGGAUAUACACAGGAGAAUAUUUAUCUACAUUUAAAUAUAAGAACUCUGGGCAACGAGAAGGGAAAUCGAAUUCGUACCACCAACAGAAAGUAAUUGAAAGAAAAAGAAUAAGAAAAAGAACAACUGACAAACUGACACAAUUGCAACGACAACGAUGCACAAAGCAAAUGGAAUUGCAACCGAGAAUUCAAAUCAUCCCCAGAUCAUCACGACUCGUAGGACCAUAGAUCUCACUGGGGGUCAGCAAACAUACAUACAUAGGUAGUAAUUCCCCAACAUGUAGUCCCGUUUUUCCACCUAAAAACAAAACAAAAAGGUUCCCAAUCGUUUGCUGCUCGCUUGGCGCAUUAGUUCAAAUUUGUUAUGUUCAAACAUUAGAUAUGGUAUUUUAUAGAGACGCAUAACUUUAGGUUGAUAUAUGUACGUAUUUGGUAUAGGCUAUACAACAAGGUAUUAUGAUUCCUGAUCGAAUUUAUGAAAUUCAUUAUAGGCCAUGUUGUGCUUCAUCGCUCACCAACACUCAACUCAUCCGCAACUUAUCCUUUGGUCACGUUGAGGUCCCAUUUUAGACUAUCCUUGUAAAAAGUUUUAUACACGACUCUACAAUAACUUGUGAAAUAUUAACAACGGAGCCUAUUAGAUAAUUGUACAAAAACGAACAAAAAAAAAAACACAAAAAAAAUCGAAUGAGAAACAAUGAAGUGAAUUUCAAAACCAAAAA